AUGAAGAACGUGUUCUUCUUAGCUGGUUUGCUCAUGGCGACGUUGCUAACGCAGUCUUGUGAGGGCUCUAUGAUUCCAGAGCAUCCACAGACUGCUUUUUGCAAGGCAGAUUUUGGUACGUUUAUUAUCCUUAGCAACUUGAUACCUCCUGUUUUAGAUAUAUUUGUUUCGUUUUACUAUAGUCAACGUCUCUAAUUUUAAGAGAUUUUGAAUAGUUUGUACUCUAAAAACACUAAAGAACAGUGUUCAAUCAUUUUUUUUUCUUGAGAUUCCGAAAUGGGCUUCUUCGUGCAUAACAAUUUCGUAAAGUUCUAGAAGCAUAUGGAAUAGUAAUAGCAACAUGUAUUCUUUAGCGGCUGGCUCAUAGUAUUCCGCACUAAUCUUAGUAGGCUUAACACAAUGGAAACUUAUUCGUUAAGUAAACUGUCUUUGUAACGUUAGACAAUAGAGGGAUUAUGAGUGGAUUUUUUCCUUUUUUGCGAUAUUCGUUGGAUGCUUCGUUUUACACGUUUGACGUUUAAGCCACUGCACAGAGCUCAACGUGAGCUGUAUCAACCUUUUAGGCCAGAGUUAAUUUGCUCUUUGAGCUCUUUCGCUUUUUUAAUAUCAGAAUUAACUCCUUGAGAUUCUUUUUACCGGUAAUUAUUAGAGUUUCUCUUCAAUUUCCGCCAUUUCACGAAACAAACCCUGCGGUUAUAUUAAUUUGUGCCCGCACCGUGGGAGAACAUGGGGCUUCCUGUCUUGUCAAAGGCCUCCUUGUCGUUCUUAAUCAGUUACAUGCGUAGUACCAACAAGUUCUUAGUCGGAAGGCGAAUGCUUGAUGUGCGUGGUACACUGAAUUGAAAAAGCAACGCAGGAAGAAAUAAUAGCAACACGGAAAGAAAAACAAAAAGAUUGACAACAACAUUAAUGAUCUGAGAAAGGUCACGUCUUGCCCUGCUGUGAAUAUCAUAACACUGGAUUUCCGCGCCGACGUAAAAGUAUUAAACAAGUAAACGAGAAGUGAACAAAGAUAAUAUAUUUUGGCAAACCCACAACCAUUCUUGUCUUACGGGGAAACGGAUUUAUCUGCGGCUAAAUAAGUUCCGUCCCUCUCAAAAAGUAAAUAUGCAAGGUUCGGUUGUAACAGGAAAGCUUAUUUCUCAUCUAUUUUUUCCGUAACGGAUUUUCCUCAGUAAUCUUGUAAUUUCUGGAUGAUUCUUCUACUGUGCAGCUGUAAAAAAAUGGAAACUUUGCACCCUGAAUGUUUUCUCGCGCUUUGCUUUGCACGCAACGCGCGAAGGGAGUAAAAGGAAGAUACAAGCGGCUUUUUCGUUCUUUCUUCACGAACGUCGGACGUUUUCAAAGACUGGCUCAUAGGCAGUCUUCAGGCUAAGAAAUGCGCGUAGAGUAAGACAGUUUACAUUGCGGGAGAUUUCUGUUUCCCCUGAUCUGAAUUGGAAAGACGUAACUAAGGAAUUUAAGGCACGACACGCUUAAUUUGUAUUAGAGUAACUUAACUGAGUUUUUCACAAAACUUAAGUUUCUAAAGCGGAGAAUGUAUAUGGAAAGAAAAUAUUCCUCUUCUUUUACAGGCCAGCACCCUUGUUACCCGCCUCCAAUAAAUUGUCUAUGUCUGCCUGGCACUGUAUAAACUUAGAAACAUACUUUAGUAGCAUAUCGCCCUUUACGACGGAUAUUUCUAUUUGGUUAACUAGAGCCAUUCUUAGGUAACAAGUUAUGGUCGGCUUACUGAAAUGAAGAAGCGAGCGAUAAAACAUGAUUAUGAGAGUCAUUUUAACCUCUCUUUUUCUUUUUUAUCUCUACAGUUGUUAGAGUAAAAAUACUUGGUAAAGUUAAGAAAGAUAUAAGGACGCCACCACCGGCAAUAGUCCUUGGUGAUUCCUUCAUCAAUUCACCAUCCCUGCCGACUUCUCCAGACAACGCGGAUGACUCUUCUACAGAGGACUCAACUACCCCACCCGUGGGAAAGAAAAGUUCUAUACCUCUAAGCUUUCAAAAGCCUGUUGAUAUGCCACCUGGUGAAGACAUUACUGAGAAACCGUCUGUAAAGCCUUCGAUGUCUGUACUUCACUCACUACUGGGCCGACACAGGCGAAGUUUAGGGCUUGGAAUACGUGGUGCUCCACCCCCUCCCCCAGCGUCCAACCUCUACAAUCGUCCUUUCAGUAGACGGGGUAGAGAUAAGGGAAUGAUGUAUUACGACGUCCUAAUCAAGAAAGUAUUCAAGGGUGGUGAUAAAGUGCGAAAUACAAAAGGAACAUUUAUCGAUGCUGCUAACCCAAGGAGAUUUUUCGCCAGAAUCUACUUUUCCCCUUAUCAUGGUCAGGAAUUGGAGGCUGGUGUUGCGUAUAUGCUUUCCGGCAAAAUCAUGAAUAACGAGCUGCUUCUUCCCAACAGCGGUUGCUGGAUGGAGAAGUGGGAAGAUCUAUCUAAAGAAGAAAAACACGGUCUUCACGGAAAAUACGCAGAAAACUGCUAUUGCGGGAUCCAGUUUUGCGUACCAGGCUUCUGUGACAGGUUGCAGGUUCCUUCCCAAUGUGCUUGGGAAUUACGUAACUUCCGGGAGCCGUCCAGGGAUUGUGGAGCAAGGCAUAACUUGUGUAUCAGACAUCAAAACGAGUGCCAUUGGACAGUUGGCAAAGGAUUUGACUCGUGUUUAAAUCCAGCUGUGUUCCCUUAA